CCAAUGAUGAUGUCUCCUUGGAACCAAGCAACUCCAUUUACUCAAACACAAUGGUCUAGUGUUGAAGAAAAUCUACCCCAAAAUGGCCUUAUUGGUUCCCUUGUUCGUGAAGAAGGUCAUAUUUAUUCUUUAGCUGCCACCAAAGAUCUUCUUUAUACUGGUUCUGAUAGCAAGAACAUACGUGUGUGGAAGAAUCUUAAGGAGUUUAGUGCAUUCAAAUGUAACAGUGGAUUGGUAAAGGCCAUUGUUAUUUCAGGCGAGAAGAUUUUCACAGGUCACCAAGACGGAAAGAUUCGGGUUUGGAAAGUCUCCCCUAAGAACCAGAGCUUGCACAAACGCUCUGGAACGUUACCAACUUUGAAAGAUAUAUUCAAGGCAUCUCUCAAACCAAGAAACUAUGUUGAGGUGAAGAAACACCGCACUGCUCUUUGGAUCAAACACGCCGAUGCUGUUUCAUGUUUGAGCUUAAACGUUGAACAAGGGUUGUUGUAUUCUGCUUCUUGGGACCGGACCAUUAAGGUGUGGAGGAUUUCUGAUUCAAAAUGUCUAGAAUCGAUCCCAGCUCACGAUGAUGCUGUAAACUCGGUGGUGUCAACAACGGAGGCGAUUGUUUUCUCUGGAUCAGCUGAUGGGACAGUCAAGGCAUGGAAGAGAGACCAACAAGGAAAACACACAAAACAUACAUUAAUGCAAACACUAACAAAACAAGAGAGUGCAGUCACAGCUUUAGCUGUAAGCAAGAAUGGUGCGGCUGUGUACUUUGGUUCGAGUGAUGGUUUGGUCAAUUUUUGGGAGAGGGAGAAGCAAUUGAACUACGGUGGUGUUCUCAAGGGCCAUAAGCUUGCUGUCCUUUGCCUAGAAGUGGCAGGAAGUCUUGUCUUUAGCGGAUCAGCUGAUAAGACAAUAUGUGUGUGGAAGAGAGAUGGAAAUAUUCAUACAUGCCUUUCUGUACUAACAGGUCACACAGGUCCUGUAAAAUGUUUGGCUGUAGAAGCAGAUCGCGAAGCUUCAGAACGUUCAGACAAAAAAUGGAUUGUAUAUAGUGGAAGCUUGGAUAAGUCAGUAAAAGUA